AUGGCGACGAGAGUAUUGGAAAGCCGAUUCGAACAGCUAUCUGUGAACGAUGAAAAUCUACCUCCCAGUGGCCAUGCUGGCUACGAGAAGUCAAAGGUUGCUCUCCCAAAGACAAUCUCAAUAUCAGGCCACUCAACGGCAAGCCAAGUUUCUCUGAAUGCUAAUCGAGCGAAUCUCUUGAAAUUUGCCCUCCAAAAUGAAGGAAGAGCACAUGGCUCUCCUAAAAAGAGUGACACCGGACCUUUAUCACGAACCCUGGAAGAUGGCGCUACGUCAAAUGCUCUCUAUGAUCAGCCAUCUACACCGAAACAGUGGCACUUAGGAAUGUUUGAGAUCGGUAAGCCUCUCGGAAAGGGAAAAUUCGGACGAGUGUACCUUGCACGGGAGCGAUCUACCGGAUUCGUUUGUGCCUUAAAGGUGCUCCACAAACACGAGCUUGUUAAAGGGAAAGUCGAAAAGCAGCUCCGGCGGGAAAUCGAAAUUCAGAGCAACCUCAGACAUCCGAAUAUUUUGCGACUAUUUGGUCAUUUUCACGACUCGAAACGCGUAUUCCUUAUUCUGGAAUUUGCUGGGAGAGGGGAGCUGUACAAACAUCUCCGAAGGGAGACUAAAUUUCCUGAGUGGAAAGCGGCACAGUACAUCGCGCAAAUGGCGGCUGCAUUGAAAUACCUCCACAAGAAACAUGUUAUGCAUCGUGACAUUAAGCCGGAAAAUAUCCUGGUUGGAAUUCAUGGAGAAAUAAAAAUCAGCGACUUUGGCUGGAGUGUUCACGCGCCCAAUAGCCGGAGAAAAACGAUGUGCGGAACCCUUGAUUACUUGCCGCCAGAGAUGCUUGACACAUCGCCUGGAGAGAAUUACUAUGAUGAAAAAGUCGAUCUAUGGAGUUUGGGUGUUCUCACUUACGAGUUUCUCGUUGGUGAGGCGCCUUUCGAAGACACACCCGUCAUGACCCAGCGGCGGAUCAAAAGGGGAGAGAUGACAAUUCCAUCCUUUGUGAGCCCAGAAGCAAAGGACCUUAUUAAACGAUUACUUAUUCUGGAUCCCUCAAAGCGGAUUCCCCUAGAUGAAGUGCAACAACAUCCUUGGAUUGUCAAACAUUGUGUCAAGGGUGAAAGAGCUACAAAAAGAACCUCUAGCAAAGAAGGCAAAGCUUGA